AUGGUUUUGAAAGCUGGUUCAAAUCCGAUAGAAACAAUUAAACACCCUGGGGAAUUCGACACAAUGUUGAAAACAGUUUUAUAUCCUAAAGAUUUCGAUUCAGUCUCAGGUUGGAUACCCGAUGUUGGUGAUGGGAGUGUUUUAAAAGCACCGGUAAGAAAUCUUGCAAAUGAUGCUGAUUUAGCUAGAGUGAGAGUUGUUGCUCGAUACACAAUAGAAAGAGUAGCACGAGCAGCUAAUCAUGGAUUCGAAAAACGAGUACUUCAGUACAAUAAUGAUGUUGAGAAUAAUAGAGUGGCAAUGAACCAAAUUCAAAAUCCUUUAAUCCAUAAAGUUCAAAAAGCAGAUGAUGCUAAAGUUGCUGAAGAACGCAGACAUAAUUUAGCACUGGAAAAGAAAGCACGAGGUUCAGGAGUUGGAGAAAUGAUAGGCACAAUAAAAGAAUUUGGAAAAAGAUUUGGGGAAGAAACCAAGAAAACUGUUAAACAAGGAUUUAAUAAAUUAGUAGAUAGUAUUGACACAGGAGAAGUCAAAGUCAAACAUAAGGAAAUAUUUCCUAAUAACCCUAUAACUCCUAUGUGUAUAUGCGGUAGUUCCGGUUCUGGGAAAACUCAUCUCACUUUUAACAUGUUGACAACACCAAACCUUUUAGAUUUCGAUUCUUUGUAUAUCUACACAACAACACCAGAGCAAUCGUAUUAUCAAUUUCUCAAAGCUUUAGAAUAUUUACCAAAGAAAGAUGUUUAA